AUGGUGGCCGACCUUAUUCGCGAUUCGCCGUUCGGGCACAUUGUCCGUCUUGUUACGCGCAACAAGGUCUUUCAGUAUCCCGAAGAGAAGGAUCCCAGUCUGUGGAAGAAAUACGUCAAUCAGGAGAAAUCGGGCUUUGUUGCACACCACGGCAACACCUCACCGCCCAAAGAGGAUGUCGAGGAGUUGCGCCAGGCGCGCGGUAUUAGGGACCGCGAAGGCUCAGAGAGCUCACAGACAGAGGUCGGUGAUGAAGUCAACGAUGCGAGCGGUGUCAGGAUAGACCAGGAGAAGGGGAGAGAUCAGCAUGUUAUCGACUGGAAUGGGCCAGACGACCCGCAGAACCCGCGAAACUGGAGCCGUGCGAAGCGCUUCUUCGUGACCUUUGAGAUCUGUUUCCUCACUUUCUCCGUGUACAUCGGCUCCGCCAUCUACACGCCCGGUCUCAUGGACGUCAUGGCUGGCUUUGGUGUAGCCCAAGUCCCUGCCACCCUUGGUCUGACUCUUUACGUCGCUGGCUACGGGCUGGGCCCUAUCAUUUGGUCGCCCAUGAGCGAGAUCCCCCAGAUCGGACGCCUGUGGGUGUACAUCAGUACACUCUUCAUCUUCUGCUGCUUUCAGAUCCCUCUCAUCUACUCGGUCAAUUUCGGGAUGCUUCUUGCUUUUCGUUUUCUCACGGGCUUCUUCGGAUCGCCCGCCCUCGCCACCGGGGGGGCUACCAUCGCAGACAUGUACCGCCCGCAGAAGCAGGCCUACGGACUCGCCGUCUGGGGCAUCGGCGCAGUUUGCGGUCCAGUACUGGGGCCGCUCGUAGGCGGAUUUGCCGUCAUGUCCGGCGGCUCUGGGGUUGUCAAGGGCUGGAAAUGGACCAUCUGGGAGUUGCUCUGGCUGUCGUCAUUUUGUUUUAUCUUCCUGUUCUUCUUCCUGCCCGAGACCAGCUCCACCAACAUCCUGUACCGGCGCACCAAGCGUCUGCGCAAGCUCACUGGAAACGACAAGCUCACGUGCGAGCCGGAGAUGAUGUCUGCCGAGAUGGGACCCAGGGACGUCGUGCGGAUGUCGCUGCUGAAGCCCAUCACGCUCAACUUCCAGGAGCCGAUUGUGUUCCUGCUCAACCUCUACAUCGCGCUCAUCUACGGCCUGUUGUAUAUCUGGUUCGAGUCUUUCCCGCUCGUCUUCACGGAGCUCUACGGCUUCAGUCUUGGGCUCACGGGCGUUGCUUUUCUGGGCAUUUUGGUUGGCACUUUCAUUGCGGCUAGUAUCCUGUUCACCUGGCUGUACCUUUAUCAGGAAAAGCAGUUUGAUGAGAACGGCAACAUCGCGCCUGAGAAACGCCUGAUUCCUGCCAUGGUCGGAUGCUGGGGUGUCCCCAUUUGUCUAUUCUGGUUCGGCUGGUCUUCACGAUCGGACGUGCACUGGAUUGUGCCUAUAAUCGGCACGUCCUUCUUCGGCAUGUCCGCCUUCACGCUCUUCAACGCCGUGCUGCCCUACCUCAGUGACGCGUACCCUGACAACGUGGCCAGUGUGCUGGCCGGCAACGAUCUCAUGCGCAGUUCGUUUGGAGCUGGCUUCCCGCUGUUCGCUGGCGCCAUGUACCAGCGCCUGGGCAUUGACUGGGCGAGUAGUCUGUUGGGCUUCCUGGGCAUUGCAUUCAUCCCCAUUCCGUUCUUGCUGUACAAGUACGGCAAGCAGAUCAGGCAGAAGAGCAAGAACGCGAGGAAGGAUAUUUGA